AUGCUUCAGAGCUUAGUCCCCCAAUCCCCAAUCGUCACCAACCCUAAAAACCCUACCUCGUCUUCUUCUUCCUCCAUGAAGACCAAGCGCGUCGACCGCGACGACCCCGAUUCCGCCGCCGAUGACCCUUCCUCCUUCACCACCAAGCGCCCCACCUUCUCCCGCGAGCCGACGGCCGAGCCGGUCGAGCCCGUCGCCGAGGGCGAGUCGGCCGGGCUCAAACUCCUCGGCCUUCUCCUACAAUGCGCCGAGUGCGUCGCCAUGGAUAACCUCCACGACGCGAGCGACCUCCUUCCGGAGAUCUCCGAGCUGUCGUCGCCGUUCGGGUCCUCGCCGGAGCGCGUCGGCGCGUACUUCGCACACGCGCUGCAGACGCGCGUGAUCAGCUCCUGCUUGGGGACCUACUCGCCUCUGACCACCAAAACCCUAACGGCGGCGCAGUCGCAGAGGAUCUUCAACGCGCUCCAGUCGUACAACUCCAUCAGCCCGCUAGUCAAGUUCUCUCAUUUCACGGCGAACCAGGCGAUUUUCCAGGCGCUGGAGGGGGAGGAUCACGUCCACGUCAUCGACUUGGAUAUAAUGCAGGGGCUCCAGUGGCCAGGGUUGUUCCACAUCCUGGCCUCCCGGUCAAAGAAGAUCCGGUCAAUGCGAAUUACCGGGUUCGGAUCCUCCACCGAGCUACUCGAGUCCACAGGCCGGAGGCUGGCGGACUUCGCGAGCUCCCUCGGCCUGCCCUUCGAGUUCCAUCCGCUCGAGGGCAAAAUCGGAAGCGUAGCGGAGCUGAGUCAACUUGGAAUUAGGUCCUCCGAGGCCACGGUGGUGCACUGGAUGCACCAUUGCCUGUAUGACGUGACGGGGAGUGACCUGGCGACGCUGAGGUCGUUGAGCCUGCUGCGGCCGAAGCUGAUCACGGUGGUGGAGCAGGACCUGAGCCACAGCGGGAGCUUCUUAGGGCGGUUCGUGGAGGCGUUGCAUUACUACAGCGCGUUGUUCGACGCGCUCGGGGACGGGUUGAAUGCGGACAGCCUAGAGAGGCAUAUGGUGGAGCAGCAGCUGUUCGGGUGCGAGAUAAGGAACAUACUGGCCGUGGGUGGGCCCAAGAGGACUGGGGAGGUGAAGGUGGAGAGAUGGGGGGAGGAGUUGAAGCGGGUCGGGUUCCGGCCCGUUUCUCUUGGCGGUAACCCGGCCGCCCAGGCCAGCUUGUUGCUUGGGAUGUUCCCUUGGAAAGGGUACACGUUGGUGGAGGAGAAUGGGUGCUUGAAAUUGGGCUGGAAGGAUCUUUCCUUGCUCACCGCCUCGGCCUGGCAGCCGUCCGAUUGA